AUGGCUUCCGCAGUUGCGGACCUAGAAGUUGGCCUCCAGGCCAUGCUUGGCCUGAAGCCUCCCGGUGUAUCGGGCUCUCGCAUCACAUCCUUGACCAAACUUUGUGUCGACAACGUUCAGUCUGAAUCAGUACUCAUUCAAAAGAUGUUCACCCACUUCAAGAAAGCUCCAGUUACCCACAAGUUGGGUGUUCUUUACGUGGUAGACUCCGUAACACGCAAAUGGCUUGAGCAAGCAAAGGCUUCGGGUCAGCCUGUAGACAGCUCUGCCCCCGAUGGAACCUAUGCUGCUGGUGUUCAUCGAGUAACCGAACUCAUGCCAGUUUUGAUGAAUGAUAUCUUGCAAUCAGCCCCUGAGGGCCAGAAGGACAAAAUUUCCAAGUUGCUGGACAUUUGGGAAAAGGGCCAAACCUUUUCCCCUGCGAUGAUAGAGUCAUUCCGCCAGAAGUUGAAGGCCGCCCCUGAACCGAGUACGUCUUCUUAUGGCCCGAUUAGUGCUUAUUUUGCACUGUCCCUUGAGUCUCAAGUUGAAUAUCGUUUUACUAAUGACCAUCCAACUGCAGUCCAGUCCACUACGCCGGAGGGUAGUCCCCCCCCAGGCUUGGUCGCGUUCAUGGGUUACAACACCAACAAACCUGCCGCCCCAACUGCUCCCACCCCUCCCACCGCUCAGAACAGCAACGCAAUUAUGGAGGCCCUUGCCAAUCUUGCACGUCAGAACAAUGCCGCUGCGCCGGCCAAGCCGCCCGCUCCAGCUCAGAAUCCUGCUCAAAGCAAUGCCUUUAGCGUGCUGUCCAACCUUCAAAGUGUUGCUUCACAACAUCAACAGGCAGCUCAUCCUAUAAACCACUCUCAACCAGCCUACUCCAUGCCGCCCAUUUCUCAGCCUGCAGUUACGGCUGCUCCUGCGCCGUUCUCAUACGCGCCGCCUCAACCUCCGGCCCAGCCUCAGGCUAUGCCAGCUAGCAUGACAUACCCUGGAGCAGCCCCGCCUCAGCCGCCGGCAGCUUCCGUCUUUGAUGCCCAAGCCCAACAGCAGCUGUUGCUGAUCAAGACCCUGGCCGACCAAGGCAUCCCCCUCGACAAGAUUCCAGCUCUUCUUGCAGCUCUUGGCGGUUCGCAGCCUGGGGCGAUUCCUGCAGCCCCAGCAGCUCCCGCCACAUCUGUAGCCUCGAACUACUACGCCACAGGACAGGGAUGGGGCGGCCCGGUCCAAACCAACGACGGCCAUGACCAGCACCGAUAUAGCAACGGCCCUAAAUCCCCCAGCAGAUACUCCCGCUCGCGAUCCAGAUCUCCGGGCCGUCGCUGGAACUCUCAUGGAAACCGCGAUGAUUACGGUCAUCAAUCAUCGAGCCGGGGCCACCAAGAUGGCCGUGACAGUCAUGGCCGAGGAAACGAUUACCGUCAACGCAGCCCUGUCGGCAGAAACGGCCGCAGCCCAACUCCCCGUCAUAACUCAGGCGAGAAAUGGGUUGACUACGACCGGUCCCUUCCUCAGGGUAAGAUCAAGGUUCUGAGCCGGACCCUGUUCGUUGGAGGCGUCACCUACACUGAACGCGAGCUGCGCGAUGUCUUUAGCAAGUACGGUCAGGUUCAGACUUGCAUCGUCAACAAGGAAAAGCGUCAUGCUUUCGUCAAGAUGGUUAGCCGCCAUGAUGCAGUUCGUGCUAAGGAGGCCAUGGAGGCCAGCCGCGAUGGCGACCCUCAGCUUCGAACUCGUUGGGGCGUCGGCUUCGGCCCGCGUGACUGUAGCGACUAUCAAACUGGCGUCAGCAUCAUUCCCAUUGCCAAGCUUACCGAAGCUGACCGCAAAUGGAUGCUCACGGCCGAGUAUGGCGGCAGCGGCGGUAGGCCGAUCGAAACCGGUCUCGUUGUCGAAGAGCCCGAUAUUGAAAUUGGUGCUGGCGUCUCUUCCAAGGCCAUCAGCCGUCGUAUGCAGACCGACAAGAGCGGCCACCAUGGGCCUCGUUCCACUCGUAGUGGACGUCAUGAGAGCUCGCAGGAGGAUAACAAUGAUGACAGCCGCGAUGACUACGGCCGCCAGCGGCGUGGACGCGACCGCCGUGACGAUAAACUAGCCCCCGGUGUCAGCGCCCAGUCGCUCCCUCAACAGUUUCCCUUUGGCAUCGGCUCACUGCCCAACGGCAUGCCUGUGUACCCACCCGGCUUCAUGUUCCCCGCUCCUGGCACCAAAUAA